UAUUGCAAUUUGGCCCAGAAGAGUCAUUUCGGGAGUGUCGAAGUGUGUCUAUGGCUGCGGUAGUGGAGUUAUAGUUUGCUAAAUACGGUGCUACAGUCGGAAAGCUUGGUUCAGCGGCUUCACGAGGGAUUGUUGGAGGACCAUGGCGUGUGUGGGACUGUUGGUGACGGUGUUGGCGGCCAGUUUUGUCGGGGGAACUCUCUCGCAAGUCCAAGACGAUGCGGCGGUAGUCCCGACGUGUCGAGAAGUUCAGCAAGCAUGGGUGUACAAGAGUUUGGGCCCCAAGGACCUCGUGCCGACAGCGCCGCGCAUAGGGCACGAUCUGGCUGUCUGCUCCAAAGGGAAAACUUGCUGCACCAAGAGAAUGGAAGACAAGUACCUGGAAGCCUCCAAGAAGGAUUUCCAAGACGUCGUGCAGUCCACGAGCGCUUACUUAAAAUAUCUAGUGUCGCAAAACGCCGCCAGGUUUCAAGAACAAUUCCACGGUCUUAUCCAGAAGUCGGAGAACGAGACACACCACCUCUUCAGGAACGUGUACAAGAACAUGGCCAUCGAGGCAAACUCACUCAUAGAGGGAUUCCACAGAAAACUUUCCUUUUACGUGAACGGCGCCGAGCUCAGCGUCACGGACAGCGUGAAGGACUUCUUCGACACGCUGUUCCCGCUGGUGUACCGGAGGUUACUGAACCCCAAGAUGACGGACAUGAGCGCGGACUACACCAACUGCGUGAUGGACUUGCAGCGGGAAGUGUUACCAUUCGGCGAGCUCCCGACGAAGAUCUCGACGCAGCUGCAGCGCUCGCUGUCGGCUGCUCGGGUCUUCGUGCAGGCGCUGAACCUCGGCGUCGAAGUGGUGAACACGACCAACCACCUGGUCCUGACGCGCGACUGCACCAAGGCUCUCCUCAAGUUCAAGUACUGCUCGCACUGCCAGGGCAAGCCUCUGAUCAAACCGUGUGGGAAUUACUGCAUGAACGUGAUGCGCGGGUGCCUGGCCAGCGUGACGGAUAUCAACCCGCACUGGAAUUCUUACAUCGACGUCAUGCAGAGCCUGACUAAGGGCAUGAAGGGAAUGUACAGCGUGGAAACCAUCAUGGCCACCCUUCCGGACAAGGUUUCAGAAUCCAUCAUGAUCGCCAUGCAGAACGGACCGAGUCUUACAGCAAAGGUACAAAAGGCCUGCAGACGACCACGUCAGAGAAAUAGGAGAGCCUCACAGCCUGUACUGACUGGGGGGGUCAGAAGAGCCAACAAACCUCCAGCCAACUUAUACGAACACAUACAGACGUUUGUGCGACACCUAGCGAUGUCGAAAGGUUUCUACAGUAACCUGGCAGAAACGAUAUGUAACGACGACAGUCUCGCAGUGAGACCAGGCGAGGAGGAAACAUGCUGGAACGGCCUGAGCUACGGAAGAUAUACAAUCCCUGUCGUAGACAACGGCUUCCAAGCACAGCGGUUCAACCCUGAAUUGAGAGUAGACAAAGAAGACGCCACCAUCGUCAACAUCAUCGACAAAUUAAAACACAUCAAAGAGUUGAUUGUGUCGAAGAUGGCGAUGUGGGUGGAGGAUCCCGACUGGGACGAUAGCGGCGGCAGCGGGGACGGCCCAUUCGGGGACGGGGAGUACAGCGGAGAUAGCGAUGACGAAGACUACCAGGACUCCAGCGGCAGUGGUGAUGGAGAGACUCCAGCUGUUACUGACACUGGCAGCAAGAAUGAGGAAGAGAUGUACUUCGAAGACUCCACCCCAAAACAAAAGGCCGCCGCGCCAGGAGACUCCAGAGUCGAGACCAUCAACGAUGUAGACAGACAAAAUGCCGACCCCAACGUCCUCAACACAGAAAGCAGUAGUACCGCGCCUGCGGCAACCGUGUCACUGGUUGCCAUGGCAACAUUCAUCGUCACAGCGUACUUGAGACAUACCCUCUAAUGUUAAUGACGUUUCCCUUCCAUCAGCUCUCCAACCUUUGUAUGUAAUGAUCCCCCAAUUUUUCAGUUGUGUUUUUCGAUGCCCAGAACUUUUGUACAUACAGGACUAUAAUGUAUUAUAAUAGAGGUGAGCGGCAAAUGUCAUAUAUACUGAGGGACAGUCGAACGGCAUUGUAUAUACGGAAUAUGCAUCUCUCGGCACGGGUUAUUUUGUACUUACUUCGUCUUACUGAAGGACUGUCGUUUUCUUUUUUGUGAACAGGAGGUUAGUUAAGAGAGGGGAACGUAAAAGAGUAUUUGUAACUGUUGAAGUCAAUAUAAUAAGCAUCAUACGUUCUUUGAAUAAGCUCUUGGACAUGGCAAACAAGAAACAAAUUGUCUGGGGACAACGAUACAGCCUACACAUUGCUAAGUGCUAAAUUGGUGCAUCUAUGAGACCCUUUGUUUUCAUUGAAUGUUCCAUUUUUUGUCAGAUAUUGAAGAAGAUGUUGAGUUUGCCACCCAGAAAACACUAGGCCAUAGAUCAUACUUCAUGUUAUACAAUAAGAGCAUAAUGAGAAUGAUGAUUAAUUGUUCAAUGUUACAAAGCACUAUGUAUACUGAUCCCACAUGUUCUAUUUAUAUAUUUCUUGUAUUUGAAUCUUGCCACGAAUAUACAGUACCAAAAAUCGAAGGCUUACCAUUUUAUGCCUUGGACCAUCCUUUGGAAUUUAGGCCUUUUUUGAGUGCUUCUGAAUUUGUUUACAAUUUUUUUUUUCAUUUGUGGAGAGAGAAUACCUCAUGUGGUGUUGAAAUGAGAGAGAGCCAGUAAUGACAAUGUUAGGUGUAUUUAUGGGAAUGUACAACUGAGGUAUAAUUCUGCUUCCCUUACUAUGAUUUUUGCGAUUGUGAAUGUGGCAAUUUAAUGAAAAUGCAAAGCAAGAAUCUUGGACAAAUGACGUUUUUCUUUGUAAUUUUCAAGGUGGGGGUCGGACAUACCGGUAUAUAUAACUGCAUUACUAUAUAGACAACUUCCAUGUAGUUGUAACUUUUGACACGUUUUCAAUGUUAUGUUUUUGUA